AUGCACCAGCUCCCAGCCUUCGCCAACAUGACCAUGUCCGUGCGGCGAGAGCUCUGCGGCGUCAUGGUGUUCGAGGUCGUGGAGCAGGCCGCCACGGUCAUCCUGCAGGACCAGCAGGAGUUGGACCACUGGUAUGUGAUCCUGAACGGGUCUGUGGAGGUGUCUCGUGCUGAGGGUCGGGCUGAGGUGCUGUGUAUGGGAAACAGCUUCGGCAUCUCUCCUUCUCUCGACAAACAGUUCAUGAGCGGAGACGUGCGAACCAAAGGAGACGACUGCCAGUUUGUGUGCGUGGCUCAGGAGGACUAUUGGAGGAUCCUGAACCAUGUGGAGAAGAACACACACAAAGUAGAAGAAGAAGGAGAGAUCGUGAUGGUGAAAGAGCACCGCGAGCUGGACCGCAGCGGGACCAGGAAGGGACACAUAGUCAUCAAGGGCACUCCUCUGCGCCUCCUCCUGCACCUGGUGGAGGAGCCGUCGGUGGUGGACCCCACGUACAUCGAGGACUUCCUGUUGACCUACAGGACGUUCCUGUCCAGCCCCAUGGAGGUGGGCUCCAGACUCCUGCACUGGUUCCAGGAGCCCGCACUGAGAGACACGGUCACUAGGAUCGUGCUCCUCUGGGUCAACAACCACUUCAACGACUUCGAAGGAGACUCGGCCAUGACACGGUUCCUCGAGGAGUUCGAGAAACUUCUGGAGACAACGAGGAUGAAGGGCCACCUGCGGCUGCUGAACAUUGCGUGUGCAGCUAAAGCCAAGUGUCGUCAGGUCACGCUGCAGAAAGCGUCUCGAGAGGCGUCUCUGAACUUCAGCGUCCAGGGAGGAUGUGAGCGAGGGUUCGGGAUCUUUGUGGAGUCUGUGGAACCCAGCAGCAAGGCAGCCCAGGAAGGGAUCAAGAGGGGGGACCAGAUUCUGGAAGUGAACGGUCAGAACUUUGAGAACAUCUCUCUGACCAAAGCUGUGGACAUCCUCAGGAACAACACCCACCUGUCCCUGACCGUCAAGACCAACAUAUUUGUGUUCAAAGAGCUGCUGAGUCGUGUGGUGCAUGAGAAGAAGAACGGAGGUCCUCACAUUCCCAAGAUCCAGGAGAAGAAGGGAAACCGCUUCUCUAUCCCUGAUCUCCCCGGAGACAUGGAGUUCCCCACGGACCAUAAGAGCACCAGGAAAAUGAAGGCCAACACGGUCACCGGAGGACGCAACAGGAUACGCAAGAUGCUGGAGAAGACCAGAUUCAGUAUUCUACCUCCCAAACCGUUCAGUGAUGGAGGUCUGGGCCAGUCCCAGGACGACAGUCUGGUUGGGACCAAACAGUGCAGACACAGUGUGGCCCUGAUGCCCAUCCCCGGGAACCUGUCCUCCAGCAGUCCAGACCUGUUCCAGUCCCACUCCAGUGUCCUGGACUUCUCCAACCCGGCCGCGCUGGGACUGUACUACAUCCCAGACCAGGUGAUCCGAGUGUUCAAAGCAGACCAACAGAGCUGCUACAUCAUCCUGAGCAAAGACACGACGGCGAAAGACGUGGUUUCUCACACGGUGAACGAGUUCGGGCUCCCGGCGGCUCCUGAGACCUACUCCUUGUGUGAGGUGUCUGUGAGCACCGAGGGAGUCAUCAAGCAGAGGAGGCUCCCAGACCAGCUCAGCAAACUGGCCGACCGCAUCCAGCUCAACGGACGAUACUACCUGAAGAACAACAUGGAGACCGAGACCCUGUGCUCGGACGAGGACGCUCAGGAGCUGCUGAGGGAGAGCCACAUCUCGCUGCUGCAGCUCAGUACCGUGGAGGUGGCGGCUCAGCUCUCUGUCCGGGACUUCGAACUCUUCAGGAACAUCGAGUCCACAGAGUACGUGGACGAGCUCUUCAAGCUGGACUCGUCCUCGGGCAGUGGGCACCUGAAGCAGUUCGAGGAGGUGAUAAACCAGGAGACGUUCUGGGUGGCCUCUGAGAUCCUGAAGGAGUCCAACGCUCUCAAACGCAUGAAGACCAUCAAGCACUUCAUCAAGAUCGCGCUGCACUGUCGCGAGUGCAAGAACUUCAACUCCAUGUUCGCCAUCAUCAGUGGUCUGAACCUGGCCCCUGUGUCUCGGCUCCGCUGCACGUGGGAGAAACUUCCGUCUAAAUACGAGAAACUGUUCAGUGACCUUCAGGACGUGUUCGAUCCAUCCAGGAACAUGGCCAAAUACAGGAACAUCCUGAGCAGCCAGAGCAUGCAGCCUCCCAUCAUCCCCCUGUUCCCUGUGGUCAAGAAGGACCUCACCUUUCUGCACGAAGGAAACAACUCGAGCGUCGAUGGUUUGGUGAACUUUGAGAAGCUCCGGAUGAUCGCUAAAGAGAUCCGCCACGUGGUCCGGAUGACGUCAGCAAACAUGGACCCAGCUCUGAUGUUCAGACAGAGGAAGAAGAGGUGGAAGAGUUUAGGGUCCCUGAGUCAGGGCAGCACGACCUCCACGGUGCUGGACGUUCAGAGCGGCGUUCACAAGCGGCGUGUUCGUCGGAGCUCACUGUUGAACGCCAAGAAGCUGUACGAGGACGCUCUGAUGGCGAGGAAGGUCAAACAGUAUCUGAGCAACCUGAGCGUGGAGACCGACGAGGACAGACACCACGCCAUGUCUCUGCAGUGGGAACCCUCCUGCAGCACAUUGUCGAAGAACUUGAGUGAGAGACGUUCAACGAAGUCGGACAUGUCCCCAGUCUCUCUGCGCUCCACUCUGCCCACGACCAAGACCCAGAACCGGGUCUCCCAAGUCCUGCAAGUCCAGGUGCCUCUCAACCCCCUGCGCAAGAAGAGCACGGCCAAAGACAUCGGCACAAACUCUCCUCAGGUGGUGAAGAAGCCUCCAGGUCCCAGCGCUGAGGAGUGGAUCAGUCUGAAGAGGUCUUCUGAAGACACGGUCUCCACCCUGUCCUCCCUACACUCCAGCCCCAACGGGUCUCCUCAAGGAUCGCCGAGAAAGAUGGGAGGAGCUCAGAAGACCCAAAUGAACCUGUCUGGGUCGUCGUCGUCUCUAACCAGCGACGCGAGCACCAAGGCUAGCACUGUUAGCCUGCGCAGCUACGGCAUAGGGUAUGCACUGAUGCCACCUGGUAAAGCCGAGAACUUGUCAGACUCGUGCCACAGCGAGAUCUCGUCUCGGUCCAGCAUCUGCUCCAUGGAGGCAGAGGAGAGGGCCACGAGUACGACCAGAGCCUGUACUUCUGCUGCGUCUACUUCUACUCCCAGUAUUUCUGCUCCAAGUACUUCUACUCUGAGUACUUUUUCGGCCAGUACUUCCACGGUCUCCACGGCCGUCCCUGAGAGCUCGCAGGCUCCACACUCCGGCCUGGACUACAGCCAGCCCAGCACCAGGUGA